AGAGAGAGAGAGAGAGAGAGAGAGAGGGGAAGUAGUGAACUCUGAGAAAUCUGUGGGAGGACAGAGAGGGCAGAAAGUAGAGAGAAUAAGCAGAUGACUGCAAAUAAAAAAAAGACAGAGAUUGCAAGAAGAGAGAGACUGAGAGAGGGAGAGGAAGAGAAAGACAUGACUCAGUCUUGGAAAUUGUCUAGAGAGCAUGGAGCAGUAGAGGAAGAGAGCAGUCAUAUCUGCGUCAGCUAAAACCCGCUAAUACGAUCAAGAUGAGUGUCUGCUGCUGCUGCCGCUGCAUCUCGCGUCGAUUCGCUCAGGCUUUAUUCCUCCCUUUUUUGAUAAUCCUCUGCCUGUCUGUGGCCUAGUCGAAAACAGCCACCGCACCUGAUCAGGGAAGUCUAUUGAAACGGAGGAGAUGGGAUCAGGAGGUCGAGGAACGGAAAGAACCUUUGACUUUGUGGAAGUUUUACAUAUGAAGAGCUAAAAGACGCAAAUUACUUCCAUUCACUGAAGUCUGGAUUGAACAGUAAUAAUUUGUUUAGUGCUGAAACAAAGUUCUCUGUUUUCUUUUCUGCUAAAAAAUGCUUUUCUGCUCCGCAACCGAGCUGUAAAAAGCUCGCCCUGGAUGCUUGCGUUCCCAGUGACCCAGAUGACUCCACAACAGGGACGGUUGUGUCAAGAGUGAUCUCACCACCCUGGUGAGGACAGUGGGUAACAGGCCGUACCAUCACCAGGACCAAACAUCACUGACCAUCAGAGUGACAGACAGCAGCGAGGAGAAAAAACAAGUGCUGAGGAAGCACGCUACAGAAAUCCGCUUCAUUUUAUAUCUCUGUCUCCUUCAGUAGCCAUGAACAGUCAUGAAUAGCUCUGCAUAUAAUCUGACAAAGAAACGGAACAACCUCCUCCUGGGAUCAACCAAGUAACCAGAUGUUCCCUGCAGAGAGAUUCCGCUCUCCAGAUGUGAGAGGAACGCUCUGAUUAGGGAACGACUCCCUCGGCCGCUAACCGCCAACUUUGAGAUCAUCUGCGUGAUUGCGACGGAUCCAGAGCCUGUCCUGGGAAUAGAUUCUGGAUAGGAUGCCAGUCCAUCACAGGGUCUGCUUUAGAACUUUGUGUGGGUGCCUGUAGCAGGGAUCUAUGGAAUAACAGAGGUCACUGGCCAUGCCUGUAGCCUUGCGCACAAGGAGCUGGGAGGAUCAUGUAACCCCACACUCGAGGAAACAGUACAGCUAUGAUGACCUUGACCUAGUUUGUUGCCAUGCCGGUGUUGGAGGGACUGGUUCCCCCGCAGGUCGCAGGCAGCGUGAGAGAUGCGCAUCCAUGCCAGAAUGCUGCCGUCAUCAUCCUGGCUUUGAUAGCUGUCCUGGGGAAGACAGGAACCAGAGGAGAACUUUAUCUGGUACAUUCAAGGGUAUAACAGCUAGCUAUGAAGGUAACAGCCAAAUAGUUACCAAAGGUCACACUUUUGUUAAGGUCAGGAAAUCAAAGGCAGAUGAAGACAAUAUCCACUUGAAAGACUGUCCAUCAAGUCCCAACUGUUCAGCACCCAUUUCCAAUCACUUUCUUUAUAAAAGCUUUGAUGAGACCGAUGAAAAGAUCACUAGCAAAUCUAUGGCCACAUCCUCUGGCAAUUCUUCAACAAAUUCUGCAGAAGAACAGGCCAAGAAUCUAGAUUGCUCUACAACCGAAGCAGAAACCAAGUAUGCCUCCAAAGAUAAUGCUAAAGUAAACAUUGAUGUGGCAACAGAAUUGACAGGAAAGCCUGCAACAAGCAGUGAGCCAACAGUAGAAGGUAACAGUGGUGAUCUGGUAGUAGAAGCAAGUCUGCUACAUCACCAACAGGUAAUGAGGCUAGGAGUAGAAGCAACAGUCAAUGAUACAUUUGAUCCGGAGGUUUCGCUUGUACCUCAUGAUGCCAUCACAAAUACUGCCCUGACCACAGAGAUCAAGCAGUCUGAAGAAUCUCAAAUACUCAAGAAUAAUGUUGUUCUCCUCAAUUCUAACAUUCCAAAUGACCAGGUAGUCACAAGUGAAGAUGUUCUGCAGGCUCACAACCUUAAAGAACACACAGAACUCGAGUUUUCCUCAUGCGAAUCUAGAAGUACUAGUAAUCCUGACACAUACAGAGACUGCCACACCAAACUGGACACAAUUCCCGAGUUAUCCUUUACAGAGUUGGGGGAGGAAGUGCUGACUCCGAUGAUGGAGGACAUGCCUGGCCCCCACGUUACCACAACAUUAAUGGGUCUUAAGGGUGCUGGAAACAAUAAAGGCAGUUCUGUAGAAAUGGAGAUUCAGAAGGAGGCAGGAAUUUUAGGAAACUUCCAAAGGAACAUGGCCUUGACCUCACCAGAGUCUGAGACUUCAAUUAAAAGCAGAAUGGAAACCUCUCAUCAUGUGAUGAUUCUUCAGAUGAAUCCAAAUAUGGAUGAGGAUGACCCCAAACCUCAGGAAGUUCCUGUCAGGCUCAGAACACAGAAGAGCUCACGACAGGAUAAAGACCGGGAAAGAUCUCAGCUGGACUCCAUGGUUCUCCUCAUAAUGAAGCUUGAUCAGCUGGACCAGGAGAUCCAGGACGCUUUAGGCUCCACCCCCUUCGACAAUGACACACCCACUGCCAAGAAGAGCUUUGUUUCUGAAGUGGAUUUGGUGUCACUGGAUGGAGAAGGAAGUCUCUCUGCAUCUCUGCGUUCCCUCAACGCUCCUCAUCAUCAGUCUUCAUCGUCACUGUGUUCCGUCAGAAACAAGACAUUAGCUGCAUUGUCAGAGAAAGACCAAGCAGAAAUCGAGGCGAAGGAGGCGUGUACGUGGCUCCGUGCCGCUGGUUUCCCCCAGUACGCUCAGCUCUAUGAAGAUGGUCAGUUUCCUAUCCAGAUCUCAUCAGUCACCAGAGAUCAUGACUUUCUGGAUCGAGAUGCCAUUGAAGCACUUUGCAGGAGACUAAACACUCUGAACAAGGGUGCUAUGAUGAGGCUGGAGAUCACUCCUCAGAGAAAAAGAAGUGAAGACUCUGAUGAAGAUGAGCCCUGUGCCAUCAGUGGCCGUUGGACUUUUCAACGGGACAGCAAGCGCUGGUCCCGUUUGGACCAGUUGGACCUGGAUGUCUUCACAUCUCCAGAAGGAGAUGCUAUUUCUGUUCCUAAAUUCCUCUCCUCCCAGGAUCAGUGCUUGCCUGGUGGUCACCUGCUUCGUGAAAGGGUUAGCGUUAGUGCCGAAAGUGUGCUAACAGAUCUUAGCGAGCAGCCAGAAGUGGGAUCAUUGCACAGUGCCGGAAGUGGUGGUCAUGGCGGGUCACGUAGUAUUACGGUGCCAUCCAGCCCGGCUAACACCAAUUCCAACGUAGCUACAGCCUCUACAACUCGUGCAAGCUCUGUUGCUAGCGUGUGCUCUUCAGGGACGUCUGGUGCAAAUGAGGAUUCAUUUUCCGAAGGGAUUCCAUCACCGCUUGAACAUGGAACAUUUGCAUUUGAUGCCAGAACCUUCUCGGGAAGUAGUGGAGAUGGUAAAAGUACACGGUCAAGAGCCAAGAGCUUUUUGAAGCGUAUGGAAAGCCUGCGACUGCGUAGUAGCAGCAUGUCUUCAAAGCGUAAAAAGAAAGGCGUAGUCAUCAAUGGAAGGCUAGAGAUUAGCGGCCCAGUGUUGAAGGAAGGUCUGGAUGAGGACAAGCUGCGACAGCUCAACUGUGUCGACAUUUCCACAAUGGAUCACACCGAGACCCACAACCGCAGCAUCUCUUACUCCACACAGACAAGCAGUGGAAGCACCGGCAGCAGCAAUUCAGAGACUAGCAGUAGAAGUGCCGUGAGUACACCCAGUCCGAUCACGAGGGCUCGGAGCCACAGCACAGCAGCCGGCUCGAUAAAGCGGGUCGGGAUGUACCUGGAAGGGUUUGACCCAUUCAGUCUUGUUCAGGACAAUGAGAACCUGGAGAUCCGGAACUGUGAAAGAAUGCUUGAGCCGAGCAUGACCGCAGAGAACAACCUACGAAACCGCAAAAGGAUUAACGAGAGGCAAGUGGAUCAAACGAGGAUAGAUGAAGAGUCUGGAGUGAUCUAUUUUUACCUUCCUGAUGGUCACAAACCGGGUACAUUUCCCAAGUCACUAGCCGAUGGGGGUUCUUUUCAACGCAGUGACAGCAGGCCUCACCGCAGUUCUUCCACUUCAUUAGACAGUCGGUUGAGUUUUUAUGACAAUGUGCCCUCUGAAAUAGGAGAUGAGGAAGAGGAUGAACCAGAGGUAGAGGAGGAGGAGCCAAAGAUCGAGGAUGUGCUAGAGCGAGUGACUGGCUUGCAGCGACUCGUCAGCACAUGGACAGAAGCAGGACCUGGAGAGGAAGAAGAGGAGGAAGAGGAAGGAGACUCGGACUCAGCUUUGGAUUCUGCCUCCCCUUGCCCUUCAUCACCGCUACAGAAUCGCUUGAUGGAGACAGAGAAUGGAAGCGACCAGGAGAGCACAGGAAACCCACUAGGCGAGCAGGACGACACUGUUAGCGCAAGAGAGAGACGAGAUUCUGGCGUAGGAGCAUCACUCACCCGGGCUAACAGGCCUCAGAAGCUGCGCUGGCCCAGUUUCCAGAACUCACACCGGCCGAGCGUGUCAUCGUCCACACUGCAGCUCGACUGUCAGUCAGUACUGCAGAUGAAUCUGCUGCAGAAAUACAGCCUGCUGAAACUCACAGCUCUGCUGGAGAAACACACACCUACAAACAAACACGGCUUCAGUUGGGCCGUACCCAAGUUCAUGAAGCGUAUGAAAGUGCGCGACUCGAAGGAGAGGAGUGUGUUUGGCGUGCCGCUGCAGGUGAAUGUGCAGAGGAGUGGGCAGCCGUUACCGCAGGGCAUUCAACAGGCAAUGCGCUACCUCCGCAACCACGGCCUUGACCAGGUGGGCUUGUUCAGGAAGUCAGGGGUGAAAUCACGCAUUCAGGCUCUGCGCCAAAUGAACGAAUCAUGCGGCACUGAAGGGGGCGGAGUCAGCUACGAGGGCCAAUCGGCUUACGAUGUGGCAGACAUGCUGAAACAGUAUUUCAGAGAUCUACCUGAACCUCUGUUCACAAGCAAACUGUCCGAUACGUUCCUGCAGAUCUAUCAGUUUAUUCCUGUGGAACAGCGUCUGCAGGCGGUGCGCGCCGCCGUGUGUUUGUUGCCUGAUGAGAAUCGUGAUGCUCUACACACACUGCUGUGUUUCCUGAGUGAUGUAGAGGCCAAUGUGAGCGAGAAUCAGAUGACCUGCACCAACCUCGCUGUUUGUCUCGCACCAUCACUGUUCCACCUGAACACGGCGCGCCGGGACGCCUCCUCACCCAGAGUGAUGAGCAGGAAGAAUCCUCUGGGGAAACCGGACCAAAGAGACCUGAAUGAAAACCUGGCAGCGACACACGGCCUCAGUCACAUGAUCCAGGAGUGCAGGAAACUCUUCCAGAUCCCUGAGGAACUUUGCCGCUGCCGGAACUCGUACGUCGAACAGGCGUUAAUUCCCCUGCGCAUGGAGGACCUUCUGGACGAUGGCCACGGCUACAGAAGCCUCGUUAAAGAGAGCAUGGAUGGGCUACUUAAAGAAGCUAAAGAAAAGUUUAAAGGCUACUACACCUGCUCGACACCUGAACACGCUGAACUGGCGUAUAAGAAGGUGCACGACGGCUGGUCUCUGCGUCAGUGGAAGGUGUGUGUGGACGUGGCGGCCGGAGCGGACGAGGUUCUGCAGCGAAUCGUUCGUGAGCAGGAACGAUGGGAUGAAGAUCUGCUCGAGAGCCGAGUGAUCGAAACGCUCGACAACAACUCGGACAUUUAUCAGUACAUCCGCAACAACAUGGCACCAAAUCCAGCCACCGAUUAUGUGGUGCUGAGGUCAUGGGUGACGGACCUCCCUAAAGGUGCGUGUGCAUGUGUCUGUGUGUCGGUGGAGCACGAAGCUGCGCCGGUACUCGGUGUGCGGGCCAAUGUGGUGACAUCACGCUACCUCAUAGAACCAAGCAGCUCGAACAAGAGCCGUGUCACACACAUCUCCAGAAUAGACCGCAGGGGUCGGUGUCCAGAGUGGUAUAACAAGCUGUAUGGCCAUCUGUGUGUCUCUGAACUGGUGCGGAUACGAGACUCCUUCACCUGCCCACUGGACAAAUAAACACACACCUACACACACACCUGGACCAACGAUGACGAAGAGUCUAUAAAUCACACACUGGCUUACGAAGACGGCACGUUGAUCCUUCGAGCUACUAUCAGAGGUCAUGACCUUUUGCAUUCUAAGAUAAAAGGUCACAUGGUGGAAAGACUGGAAUGGAGACAUAGACACACCUGCUGCUGUGACAUCACUGAUGAUGUCAUGGGAGGAUUUUAAAUGGGGAGUUUAGGGUGCUACUGCUUCUGAGAAGCAAGAUGAAUAUGUGUGUGUGUGUGUGUGUGUGUGUGUGUGUGUGUGUGUGUGCGCUGUAUGAGACUGUUGGUGACAAAUAAGACAUAUUCCAUGCACUGGCACCCUAGUAGAGAAUAGUAUGUUGUUCACCUUUACGUGUGUGUGUGUGUGUGUGUGUGUGUUAUAUGUAAGUUUCUGCACGAUUAUUUACAGCUCUUUCACAAUAUCUGCCAAUCUGAUGGAUGGAUGGAUGUUUAUAGAUAAAGGACGGAUGUCAGACUCAGCGGUGGCUGGAACACCUUGCAAACGAGUGACGUGAUCGUCGGCUCUGCAGGUCCGAGUGCGCAAACAAGAACCGCUUUCGUUUCAUCACUUAUAUAAACUCCACAUAUUCAGAUCAGACUGAUGAAUAUUUAAGGGUUUUUAAAUCAGGGCUUUAUUUUUUCUCGGAUCAACAGUUUUAGAUUCGGAUCGUGUCGUAUAUUCGGAUCACUGGAUUUGGGGUAUAUAAAGAUUCAGACUUAUUUUGAAUCCUUAUUUACGCUUGUUGUCAAGGUUACAUUCCAGCAUAGUUACCUCAUAUUAUUAUUCUUAUUAUUAUAUUUAUUAUUACUUUAAAACUGUGAUUAAUAACGACACUCUUCAGUAGUCGUGGUGCAAAAUUCCAUCGUUUUUACGAACGAUAUUAUUUAAAGAAUCUUUACAUGCCGUCGACCUCAAAUUGUCUUCUGGAAUAUUGUUUUUAACGUCCGUUAUUAACGCCGCGAUUCUUUCAGAUAUUUAUCGCACACUGUGUUUAUGAUUCGCUAAAUUGUACCUAACGUUUUUAUCUCCCGAUGGAACAGAAACGGUUCUUGUUGGUUCACUCAGACUACUUUUUUUUUUUAACGAAGGGAAAAUGUUACUGGACCAAAAGCUAGAGAAUUCGUGGUUGAUUUUCCGAGAAAAAUUUAAAAGUUUUUUUUUUUUAAAAAAAAGCGGGAAGUGAAAAAGAAGAUUUGUGGUAAAGAGAGAAAGCUGGAGUCGUAGAGACGAGUGGAAUAUGCAAGAAGAAGAGAAGGGACGUGAUGGAGGAACGUAAAGAGGGAUCAGGUUCUCGGUUCUCGGAGGGCAGAGUAGCUUUAAAGCACAACAGCAGCUAAGCACAACGUGUGUGUCGUCUGUUUUAUUGUUUGACGAUAUUUAACCCUGCGUUCACGCUAGCAAGCGUCAAGUAACCGGUGUCACGUGUAGUUGCUUGAUUGUGGGCGUGGCCUUCAGGCUACUAUACAUUUUAUACGUCAGAUUCGUUUCUUUUUAUUCAGACUAACUAGCUACGUAUGGUGUAGCGAUCUCAGAUACUUCCUUUGUUUACUUAAAAAUGUCUCUAAAGACGUUUAACGAGAAGUUUGUAAGCGAGGAACUGAAGAAACCUUCGAUUUGUCAUGGCUCGGUGUCACGAGCGUACGUAGGAAACGAAGAUUGCGUGCUACUUUGUCGCUUGCUAGCGUGAACGUAGAGUCAGUCAACAGUCGCACGAUCAUCACCUUGCAGUCGCUAGCGGCGAUGUUGGCUCCACCCUCGCGUGCUAUUGGCUGCACUAGCAAACCUUAAUACUCAGUCUAAAGGGAUGGAAAGUGAGUUGAUUUUCAUUCUCAGUGUUAAUGUAAAUGAAGUAAUUCUACAAACACUUAUUUAUGCUCAUAAACUCAUAAACAAAUAAAACACAAACGCUGCUUGGGAUUUUCUCUCUUAACGAUGUCUCAUGUCAUUUUACACAAAAACGGUUAUCACUUAUAAACCAUCUGAAUGUUGUCUCGAUGUACAGAGAAACUGGCAGUAAUCUGAAUCUCAUAACGGUGUGUGUACAUUAACACAGCGCAUGGCUGAGCGUUAAUUUAAAGCUUUGUGUAUUUAAACAGAUAUAUUGGGAUUUGAUUUUGUAUCUUAUUGUAAAUGUUUCUGCUUAAAGUUACAGAAGAUGAGAAAAUGGUUUAUCUUUUAUAUUAUUAAUAUUAUUUCUGUACAGAUUAUUUGCAAAGUGCACUAUUAAAGGUAUUAAAAUCAGA